AUAGAGGAACUGAUCUAAAACAAAAUGACUACAGAGGAGAAAAGAUACGACCCCAAAGACACGACUCUGAAGUUUGUCAACAGACCAGAUGAUCUGGAUCCACUACAGGAGGGAGAUAAGAAUCUCCGAGCAGAGAUGUCCUGCGGUCAUGCUGUGACCCCAGAGUCUAUCACUGGGUGGUGUCGCAGCCUGCUGGAUCAGGGCCAGCACAAAUUUAAGUGCCCUGCUUUAAAGGACGGCACCCUGCACAAGUGUGAUGCAGAGUGGUCCUACCAAGAGGUGCGCAGGCUGGCAGUGCUGACAGCUGAAGAGAUGCAGUACUUUGAAGAGAACAUCGCCCGCCUUGCUGCCACAAAAUACUGUGACUUCAAAACAUGUCCUGGUUGCAAAACCUAUGUGGAAAGAGAAGACCCGAGUAACCUCAGCGUGCAGUGCACAGUCUGCACGGCAGGCAAGGGGAAAGUCUACCAGUUCUGCUGGCAAUGUUUCAAGGAGUGGAAAGGUGCAGCUCCACGCUCUGACCGCUGUGACAACGACGGCUGCAUCAACCACGACCUCGAGCUCCUCAAGAACUGCAAGACCACCGCCCUCCCUCAGGUGGAGGGGGUCGACGCGUGUCCCUCCAUCCGGGCCUGUCCUACAUGUGGUCAGAGAGUGGAGCAUGACAAAACGGGCUGUAAGAACAUAAUCUGUCCUCGCUGUCAGGUCGAGUUCUGCUUCGUGUGCCUGAAACUCACUCCUGAGUGCCUGAAGACGAGCUCUUACUUCAUCGCCUGCAGUGAUGGUGUGGCUCCCAGACAAACCUCCAUACCUGUGUGGCACAGAAACUAAGAGUUUGCAAACAUUCACUACUCUUGAUGUAGCUUACUGCCUUCUUCUGUCACACUGUUCUGUUUCUUUUGGA